AUGGCAGAACACAAGCCAAAGUCUCUGAUGCUUCAUCAGCCAGAGUACUGGCAAGCAAUUCCUGAUGUACCGAUGCCUGCAGCCCCACCAACCUCUUCUGUAGCAGAGCUGUUCAAAAACCCUUGGGGGGAUGCCUCCGAGAUAACAGUCCCCAAUUAUCACAGUGGUUCUUAUACUAGAGUAAGAGCACAUUUAUUGAAGAUUUCAGGAAAAGGAAUUAGAUUUUGUGCAAAAGUUACAUCAACAAAGCUUGAAGAACUUAAAAAACUUGAUAGUGAAAGUACAUUGUUGCAUGAAAGUAAAAAGGCUAAGUCAAUUCCUCUUCCACCCUUAUCUAAUGCAAGUGAACUUGAUUCAAGAAAAAGAAGAGCGACUGGACCUUUAGAGAAAGCUUUUAAUGUGAAUGCAAGGGAAACUCUAGAUUUAUAUAUUGCUAGAAUAUUUUUUUCAUCUGGAUUACCUUUUCAUCUAGCAAAAAAUCCGUAUUUUGUCAAAGUUUUUUCUUAUGCUGCCAAUAAUUAUAUUGAUGGUUAUAUUCCUCCUGGAUAUAAUAAAUUGAGGACAACUUUGCUUGAGAAAGAGAAGCAACAUGUGGAGAGAAUGUUAGAACCUACUAAGAAUUCAUGGAGUGGAAAGGGAGUGAGCAUUGUAAGUGAUGGAUGGAGUGAUCCCCAAAGGAGGCCUAUUCUUAAUUUUAUGGCUGUAACUAAAAGUGGGCCUAUGUUUCUGAAAGCUGUAGAUUGUUCAGAUGAGAUCAAAGACAAGGAUUAUGUUGCAAAGCAAAUAAGAGACGUGAUAAGAGAAGUCGGUCUCUCAAAUGUAGUGCAGAUUGUGACUAAUAAUGCGCCGGUUUGUAAAGCGGCUAGUUUAUUGAUUGAAGCUGAAUUUCCAUCUGUUUUUUGGACUCCUUGUGUUGUUCAUACUCUCAACCUUGCUUUAAAGGACAUUUGUGCAGCUAAGAAUACAGAGAAGAAUAAUUUUGUCUAUCAAGAAUGCUCAUGGAUUACUCAAAUUGCUGACGAUGCUUCUUUUAUAAAAAAUUUUAUUGUUAAUCAUCAUAUGAGGUUAUCUAUUUUCAAUGAAUUUAAUACAUUGAAGUUGCUUAAUGUUGCUCCUACUCGAUUUGCUUCUACUAUUGUGAUGCUCAAAAGAUUUAGGUUGUUAAAGCAAGGCCUCAAAUAG